AUGAUACCCUGCAUUUUGAUGCUCAUAUCCGUCGGAGUCGGCCUAGUAAUUCUCGUCCUCUUUAUCACCAGCUUCCUCCUCACAAUCUUUGCCUGGAUUAUCUUUGGUGCCAAGGGUGUGUUGUGGAUAUCGGUCGUGUCUCUGCUCGUCUUGAGAAUGAUAUUCAACUGCAAGCGCGAAAUAGAUGCAGCCAAGGAGGAGGAGGAGCACAGGAGACGUGCAGCUGCGGCCGAAGAAGCGCGAAAAGAGAGGGAGAGGCAAGUGGAGAGGGAAAAGGAGCUACGCCGAUUACAGGAACCUUUCCGCCAGGCAGAACUGAGACAGCGUCAAUAUAUGGCUGAAAACAGUCUCGGGGAGCAGCAGCCACCCGAAAGAACAGGGCCGACUUCAUCAAUGAAUACUAGUAGGCCGCCCCAAAGGAUGGGAUGCUCGCCACUGGGAGGUGACUGCGUGAUAUGUUGUGUCCGCGCGGCAGAUACGCUGGUGAUGCCGUGUAAACAUCUCGCACUAUGUGGAGCGUGCAGCAGCAAGAUGAGAACUGGAAGUUCUGGGCCUGAGGGAAGGUGCCCGCUUUGUAGAGCCCACAUUGUGGAUAAGAUGAAAAUCUUCCGGAGUUGA